AUGCUCGUUUCAAGUGACUGCCCACCAUUUAGAUUACCUGGUUUUGGACCGGACACUUUUGGUAUUAGCCAACUUUUGGGAGCUCCUUGUCCUACUUUUGUUGUUCCAACUCACACUGAUUCUACUAGCCAUGUGGACGUCGGUUCUUUAAGUGCCCAUUCUCUUAGUCGCAAGCGCAAGCGACCUUUAACACCUCAUCAGUUUGAACAUUUUUUGCGUGAAGUUUCAGGAGGUUCUCGUUGUGUGUCACCUCCACCCUUUGAUCAUACUUCUCCUAUCAUAGCUGAUGGUUGCGCUUCGUGUAUUCAAUUUCAAGAGGAGCUAAAUGAGGCGUGUCGUUCUAUUGCGCUUGCUGAGAGUAUCAUAUCUACAGUUCUUGGACAGGAAUCAAAAUUUCUUGAUGGGUUGUUAACUUUGCAGGACCGGUAUUUAUUUCUUGAAGUUAAUUUACAGGCCACAGAGGGUAUGAAACUUGCAGGUGAAGAAAUGUUGUUCAAGGUUGUGGAGGUGCAUGCUGACUUGUAUAGUCAAUAUCGUGUUGCUGCUGACAAGGUUGUAGUGUUGGAGAAUCAAAGGUCUCUUUUGGAAUCAGAUUAUGAAGUGUGUCUCCGAGAAAAUGACGUACUUCGUGCUUAA